AAUGCAGCACAAGCCCACCUCUUCAGCACCGGGAACAGUAGGCCAGCCUGCGGGAGCUCUUCCGGAGGCGGAUAAUCCUCAUCUCCAUGCAAUCUGCAAUAAGGAAUUGCUAUUACCCACGUCACGGGGAAACACGUUUGGAGUCUAACAAGUUACCACCUAGAAGUCCACCAUUUGGAAACGCUUGCACGAGGAGAAAGAUGGAUAUUUGCGUUUCGUAUUGUUUUGUAAAUAACCAAAACUAACAGUGAUAAGCCGAUGCUAUAUAAUGUGAUAGCUGCUGUCGCAUUUCAUCUAGUUUCGAGAAGCUACUGAAAGAACAUUCUGCUUGCAUUUUCUUUAAUUUUUAUUUCGGCACCAUGGUGACAUACAAUCUGGUUUUAACUUUUAUUAUCGCGGCUCUUUGGCUGGUCAGUGGUGAACUACAAACCCAUUCUUCCCCCGCGACGCAGUUAAAUUCAACAUCAUCAUCAACCAUCAUCAGCCAAGAUGAACUGACACAUAAUGUUACAGAUGCCGCCGUGGGAUCCCGGAUUUCAUCUAUAAUGACGUAUCUUCCAACUCUGAAAAACAUUGUUAUUUUCAUCUGCGUGUUAACAGCUGCUCUCAUCACAUGCUUAGUCAUCAAAGUGGUCAGAUCUGGUAGACGAAUCAGGAAAACCAGAAAAUAUGACAUUAUAACGACACCUGCGGAGCGUGUGGAGAUGGCCCCUCUUAAUGAAGAGAACGAUGAUGAGGAUGACUCAACCCUCUUUGAUGUCAAAUACAGGUGAAUCCAGGCAUGGACAUCAAUAAUUGAUAUCUCCGGUUCUGCCUGGGACAUCUCAAGUGAUUUCUUAAAUCUUUACACUGUUUGAGUCUUUAGCAAUGCGGUUUGUGCGUGGCUUUUACCUGUGUUUAAAGGACUGGAGCCGUAUGGAUAUCAUUGUUUGCUGCUUUGCUUACGCUCCUAUCAUGUGCACAAUUGUUUAUGAUGUUGAAGAUCAGAUUGCUUUAUAUUGUGACUUCUUCUCAAAAGUCAUUCAGUAAUCAGCCUGUUAAAGACUUGGCGUACAUUACACGGAAAUUACUCUUUUUUUCUUUUCUUUUUACAUUUUGAGUUAAUAGGAGGAACCAAUGCCUGCUUUCAAAGCUAUGAUCUUCCCAUAUUCAAACUUAAGACAGUCAGUUAAUGCAUACAAUGUUAACAUGCAACAAACAUCGUGCAGAAUUACUCUAUUGAAAUGUAAAAAAAAAAUGCACAGUGAAGAAUCUAUUGAUAUUUUUAACUAAACUUUCAUACCAAAUAUAUUUCUAUCUACUAACCACUUUAUUGUGCAAAUAUAUACUGUCGAAGGCAGUCUGUCUUUAUCUAUGGAGUAAGUGUAUAUUUUUGUACCGUGUGUUGUUGUAGACGUUCCUGUUUUGCUGCUAUCUCAGCUGAAGUUCUCAAUUUUUGAGAUUCAAAUUUGGUUAAAAUCUCAAAUAAUAUAGUCAGGUUAUAUUUGUACAGUGUUUAUGAAAUACAUCUAUUUGCCAUCAAUGUGAAUGCUGUAAUCUGUUGUGAUCGGGUGUGCUAAUUAAUUUACAAUGUGUUUGUAUCAAGUAACCAGUGAAAAAUAUCAACAGGUUGGCAGUGAUGUAGUUUUAGUAUUUAACAUGUUGGACAUGCAUCCAGUGUCUUAUUUUCUAAAUCAAAACAAUAUUAAACAUAUGUCUAGUUACUUUUUUUUUUAAAUCCCCAAAAUCGGUUAUCUCUUGUUUGAAAUAGUAGGUGAGCAGUUAGUAAAGUAUUAUGGAAAGUCUCCCACUUCAAUUUCCAUUAAUGGCUCACUGACUCUUGUGAUGUCUAACUUGAACAGGACUAAUGUUUUCCACCUGAAGAGUUGCUUCUCUGUGCAGUAAAGAUUCUGGUAAAAACUAAAAAGAAAAUUGUCCCUAUCUUGGUGGAACUGUUUUGACAUGUGGGUUUAAAAUGGAGGUUUUACCUCAAACGAUUUGGCCCAUUAGAUAAGUAUUAAAAUAAAGACAAAUGAAAAUCAUAACUGGUUUGUCAAAUUCAUGUGACCAAAUACUAAAUACACAAUGAUCAACUGAAAGUCUGACAUGAAGUACACAGAAGAAAUUGCAGAGGCGUUUACAAACCUUACCCUUGUGUGUCUAAACUAACAUUAUAGAGUACAACUAUUAGGUUUCUGCAGCAAAUGUGAGUGGCUGAGGUGAUCUUCUGUUUUAAUCUAAACUGUUAUUUGAUAAUGCACCAUGGCCUACAGCUGCAGCUGUUUCUGAAUGACAAUGGCAAUGCUCAACUUGAACAUUUUCUUUCCAGGAGAAAGAGAACACUGUGUAGUUUCUGUUGUUCCAAACGAUGUUAUGGCCAAUUAUAGAAGACUAAUACAUUUACUGUUAGAUACACAAGCCAUAUGGAGUGUAUGUGAAUGUUUUUCAAUCAUAUGUGAAUCCAACUUUUAACCAUAUUUGUGACAUGUGCUUUAGCAGACUGCUGGCUAUUUUUCCAUCAGACUAUAAGACCACUGUUCAUUUCAGUAUUGAGUCAUGUUUCAUUUUAGUCUUUCACUGUAUGUGCAGAAAACUGCAGCUCCCUCAGAUAUACUCAGGCAAGUAUGUCAUCCUUGUACAGUUAUCCUCUUCCAUCUUGGCAACAUAUUUUAUUUUAUCUUUACUCGUGUGUGAAAUAGUGGAAAAACCCUGCUCGUUAAAGAUGCUAAUUCUGGACUUUUACUAGAACGGAAUCAUGUGCUACAGACAGUUCCUGUUGUAAAAUGAAUCAAAGUCAUUUCAUUGUGGUAGCUAUUUGAAGACUGUAGCUAAUUUCCCCGAUCCCACAUUUAAAA